AUGCAAUUGCUGAAUCUGAUCCUACAUGACCUGAGUGCUUUCAACACCCAUGGGCUUCCAUGGGAGUUGAGGCUAGGCACAAGGAGGGUGGUCCAGGUGACAGGAGCUGCGGAGAAGGCUCGUGUAAGCCCAUUGGCCCAGCGCUGGCGUAAUGAAAACUACGAGAGGCCUGUGGACCUGGAAGGGUCCGGGGAUGACGACCCCUUUGCUGAUGACGAAAUGGAUGAUCUCUACUCGGGGUCUGGUUCAGGGUAUUUUGAGCAGGAGUCGGGGAUUGAAACAGCUGUGAGUCUCACCACGGACACUUCCAUCAAGCUCCCCACCACUGCAGCAGUGCUGCCUGUCACAUCUGUCCAGCCGGUGGCAACUCCCUUUGAAAUGUUCCCAGCAGAAGACACCACCCUGGAGCAGGUGACCAGUGUCUUGUAUAUCCCCAGGAUGACAGAGGCACCAGUGAGUCCCACCUGGAAAGCAACUACCACCAGUACUACUGUCAGCAUUACCCCUAUUAUCACUACAGCUGCGACCACUGCUGCUGCUGCCGCCACCACCACCGCCACUACCACCACAGCUCCCACUGCCAAGUCAACCACCAUCCGGAGGAUCCUGCCCCACUUUGUCACAACGGCAGCUACAACACAGGCCACCACCUUAGAAACCCCCACCACAGCUAUGAUGGAAGUCAGCAUGGCAACAGAAGCUGCCACAUCCCGCCUUGUCACCACCAGUGCCACAAGGCCUAGAUCUGUGCCAAAACCAAGCACCACCAGGACCACAGACUUGACAGAGAAAAGCACCACGCUGCUGCCUGCUGCUGCUACUGUGGCACCUACAGAGGCACCUCAGACAGAGCCGCUGGAUGUGUCCACAGUCAUCGACAAUGAGCUGGAGGUUCCCGUCAGCGGAGGGCCUAGCGGGGACUUUGAAAUCCAUGAGGAGGAGGACACCACUCGGCCGGAGCUCAAUAAUGAAGUGAUCCCUGCUGUUACCUUGGCAGCGGGGCCGGGACUGGGGAAGAAUGCAGAGCCCGGCCUCAUAGACAAUACGAUAGACUCUGGGAAUUCAGCUGCGCAGCUGCCUCAGAAGAACAUCCUCGAGAGGAAAGAAGUGCUAAUAGCUGUCAUUGUGGGAGGGGUAGUCGGGGCACUCUUUGCUGCCUUCCUCGUCAUGUUGCUCAUCUACCGGAUGAAGAAGAAGGACGAAGGGAGCUACACGCUGGAGGAGCCAAAGCAGGCGAAUGUCACGUACCAAAAACCCGACAAGCAGGAGGAGUUCUAUGCAUAAAAAGAACCCAGAGUGCCUCUCUCCCUCUCUCUCUCUCUCUCUCUCUCUCUCUUUCUCUUCCUCUCUUUCUCCCUCUCAGUUUCUAGUUCAACCUUUCUAUCUCUCUCCCUUUCUCUCUAGCUCAUCCAAUCUCUUGCUGUCUUUCUGAUCGGACUGUGAGUUAAAAAGAAAAAAAAAUCACACGUGCAACAACUAAAAAGCAAAGGAAAAAAAAAUCUUCCAUAUAAAAUAAAUAAAUACUAAAUAAAUGUGUCACAGAUUUGAGCUGAAUCCCGUUAACCUUCCUCCAGCGGAAGAAGCAUUCACAGGGACCACAGCACGAGGAGCGAGCGGUCAGCUAACCUGUGCCUAUGGGACAGUUCCUUGGAUGAGCACGUGCUUGGGUGGGCAUUUUGCUGCUGGUGGCUGGAGUUCACUGGGCUUACCGAACAACAGAACUGACUCGAAGAUCUGGACACCCAUUAACAGAACUGGGGUGUUUGGGGGUUUUUUUCCUGUUGGGGGUGGGAAGGGUUUCUUUCUAUGAUGUGGGGGGCUUGGUUUCUUACCAGGAUUCGCUGCUCUGUGGUUCUGUUCAGAAAGAGGACGUGACUGUCAAAAUAUAUUUCAAGCCUCAAAAAAGCACAAUGAGAUGAAAUAUCUUAUGCUCCAGGAUUGCCCUGGGAGUGAAAAAUGACCAGCGCGCUGGAGACGAGCUUUUAGAUCACCUCUGCUGAGAGUUCACAUAGCUGCAGGGAGCCACAAUUUUGCUGAUGUGUGCUGCUCCCUUCCUGACACCGCCUCACUUCAUUGCAUUGCUGUGCAGAGCCAGAGCCCUUAAGUCUAGAAACCAUGCUUCGUGGGCUAGCAAGGGGCUUUGGUUGAAAAGGGACCUUGUUUCUGCUGGGUUUUCACUGUGACGAAUAAAACUCAGCUAGCAUGGUAUUCCCGACUGUUUGCAAACAAACAAUACUGAUUUUUACGUGAAAUAGGAUAUUGUUUGGUGGAAAUUGAUGACAACUAAAGGGAAAAAAGGCUCAAUCCUCUUCUGAGUUCCUUUCAAUGGGAUAAUAUUUGACAAUCUCAACACACCACGAUAUGCAGCAGAAAUAAAGAAUUUAAAAUCAAGGAGGCAGUAUCUUUUCUCCUCAGAUUUUGGGGCCUGACCAUAAUUUUUAUCAAAUAAUAGGCACCCCAGGAGAUUAAGAAAAAGAAAAAAAAAAAACAGACAAAAUUAACUUUUCCAGAGUCACCAUCAGGCCAGGUCAGUUCUACUCUAUAUCUUUUGUAAAAUCCAGGAUUGAUAUGUUCCUAUGAUCUAUAUAUUUUUUAAUUUCAGUGGAAACCUUACAGCGAUAAGAUGGGAUCUAAAUCCAUUGAUUUCCAAUGGCUUUGGAUCAGGUCUCCAGUGCACGGGAAACCAAAAGCAAGAGACUAGCAGCAACUGUGAACCUGACUACUGUAUUUUUAUCGUCUGGGGGGCUCUCAUGUGAAAAGCAAACAAGUGCAUUAGGGCCUGGUCCAGAGUCUAGUGAAGCCCAUAGAAAACUCACGGCUUUGGAUGAGGCCCAGAGCGUGGAAAAGUCAAUUAGAUGUUUUAAUUGGUUGGUUUUAAUAAUCUAAAGGGCUGUUUACAAGGCAGUCAAGGAGAUUGCUGUUUUCCUUGUAAUGGCAGUUGUGAUCCUGAGACAUCCAUCCCAUCAAGGCCCUGACUUCCCUGUUAUAUUUAUUAAAACAAGCAAGCAAAAAAGAGAGCCGUCACUUUUACUGCAUCGCAUCCUCGCAUAACCGACGCUAGCGUGGUGUGACAGGCAUUGUCCAGGGCUGCGCCAGAGGCAGGACUUCAUGCAUCUGCAAGCUAAUAGGCUUAGCCCUUUAGCUCAGGCAGUCAAGGCUCAUGUUGUAUCCAGAAGACCUGUGUUUCAUUUUGUAGGCACCCAGUCUAGGACCAUACGUACCAGAGUUUUCUUCUGGAAUGGCAGGUUUGCAUGUAACUGGGAACGGGGGCAUACCACCCCAGGGUGCGUUCUGGGCUUGUUUGGUAGGAAGCAGUGUAGAAAGUCUGCUCUGGGAGCUGGGAGAGUUGCUAGCACAGGCAGCAAAGUCACAUCAGCUGUGUUGAUGGGAGAGGGGAAUCUCAGCCAAACCUGCACAGAGUGAGCCUUGUCUCCUGGCAGAUGGUGCGACUAGAACCCAUGAAGGAGAUUCUGGGUCUGGCUCUGAUCUUAGGCCAGCCUAACUCCACUGCUGCCAGCAGAGUUAGUCAUGAUAGAUAUCAGUUUAACUAGUAGCAAUAUUUGGCCUGCUGUCCCACCGCAGGCACAGAGGUCAUAGGGAAUACAUCCUAUAGCAUAGGUGAUGGAGUGGGAAAAAGCAUUCUGACUCCCCUCUGCACCCUGAAAGCUAAUGACUUUCUUUCAAAUGCUCACUUUGUCCUUACACCUCUCCCUGCCCCAGCAAGAGGGGUUCUGCUCACAGCGCAGAGAGGUCCCUUUACGUUGGUGCUAAGAAUUUCUCAGCUCCUGAGUGAGAACAAGCCACAAUUUUGGGCUCUCUCAACAGGCCCCAGUUCCAUGAGCCUGCCAUAUUUGUGGGCACCCACUUUCCAGAUUGGCUUCUUUAUGUCUGUCUCCACUAUGAUGGAGAGAAGGUUUCGUCUUGUUUCUAUGAUUCACAGAGUUUGCAACUCUGCUCUAGCACCUGGCAGCAAGGACUGCAAGCUAUGGGCUGGUUUUCUUUAAGAAAAUAGCCUCUUUGGAGUUAUAAAUUUGGAGGCCCAGAAGCUUCUGGGUGGGCUGAUUACAUAGCAAGGCCAGAUAAAAGAAAGGCAAGGCCAUUCAGGAAUACAGAGCUAUUUAGCUACAUCUAACAAUAAAGCCCUGGGCUUCUAGGCCAUUUCAUUAUGCUGUGCACCAUAUCACAUGGGGCUUUGUGAUGAUAAGACUGAGAUUCUUCUGUUCUGUAGCACAGGCCGUUACCACUUGAGCAAAGGAAAAUUUCCUGUUGGGUGUCUGCAGUAUAUGGACUGUGACCCUACAGAUCAUAGAGUCAGGAGCCCCUGCUUAAGGCAGGAUCAUCGCUGUCCUAAACAAGUGUUUGUGAGCUAAGCAGGGCUGAUUCCAUUCAAUCGCAGGAAAUGGAUGCAAAACCAAUUCAUUCAACUAUACAUCUAGUGAGUGAAUCUCAGAAUAAUCACCCAGUAGGUACACACAGUUUGGAUAAGUGCAUCCAAAAUGUCAGCGCUUCACUGAACUACCUGACCUCUUCAGGCCUGAAAAACUCAGAGGAAGUCUUUUCUUCCUAUAAAAUUCCCAGUUUCCCUGGCCUCCUCCAGAAUAGAGCAGCACCAGGCACAACCAUGUGCGGGGUUCAUUAGCAGGACGACCGAUGCUUCCAGGAAGCUUGGAGCAAAUCUGGUUCUACAGACAGGAUGGAGGGUCAGGGUCUCUGAAGUGGUUUAAGCUUGAGAGUUUCAAAACAAAACUUCUAUUUUUGAGCGUCUGUGGUAGGGCAUUCAGCUGAGGACCUUGAAAGGGCCUGAUUUUGUUCAGUGCUUUCUGAACAGAAGACCCCCUUAAAAGUGUCAUGUCCAGCACAAAUUCUGAGGCAACCCAAAAGCACUGUCCUUUUUGAAGGACCUGGCCCUAAUGUUUCAAGUGUAUAUUAAAACCUUCUACUCAAUCUUUUAAAUUUUGCUUUUCUUAGCUUCCUCCUUAAUCUUCUCCAUGUUAUUCCCCCCUUAAUAGUCUGAAGUUCCGUAAUACAGGUUUUUGUUGUUAUUAUUCAUUCCAGCUUAACCUUAGACCUCUCAGCUGGUGUUAGAUUGUAAUCCUGGUACUUAAAUCUUUUACACCUUUGGAAGUGAGCAAUGAUCUGAAAGUUGAGACUUACCGCAGGCUGAGGAAGGGUUCUUUCUUUCUCUCUUAAGAGAAUUUAAAGUACAAAAUUAGAAGAAAAAAAAAAGCAGCUAAUUAGAGCUGACCAAUGUCUUAAUUUAUUGUACAGUAUAUUUUACUCCCAGUCUCUUUCUUGGUCUCACUUGGACUGGGAAAUAGAGGUGAUCUCAAGGAGAUUUUAGUUUGGUUUGUUGCAUGUCUUUCUUUUCGUUACUAAAAAUACAAAGAUGACUCACAAGGAGGCCCUGCCACCAGCUGCAGCUAUGCAGGACAGUAACUGAGAUCAACAGCUGGAUAAAAGAUGUGUAUGAUGCCUUGUCUUGUCCCCAUCUCCUUUUUCCUUGAGCUGAGGGACUGGACUAUUCCUCUGUCCUAACUGGUAGAAGCAAAUGAUCCCAGAGUUGCAAGUAAUUGAAUACUGCCCAGAUUUGAUCCAAAGCCCAGAAAGACUCCCACUGAGUUCAGUGAGUUUAGAACUGCAGGUGAGGUUUUGAAAGGGGCUUGGAGACUCAAAUCUUAUUGACAGUCAGUGGGAGCUGGGCAGUGAAAUCCUGCAGGCACGUUUCAAACUCCUGUGCUCAGUACACAAACUGGAUUCUGGACCUUUGAAUGGGAUGGGUGGCAUAACUUUGAUCAAAGAGAGCUACAAGGAUGGUAGAAAGUAAUUGUCUUUGCCCAGACAAGGAUUGAGUAAUGAAGCAGGACGUUCAUUAGGAAAAUCUACCCAUUUGUUAGGGGCACAGGAGGGCAGCAACAUGGCUAGAUGGCACCUUAGUUAUCCUCUCUGCUUCCAUUCCCUGCCCUCUUCACAUCUGAUUGAGUGUGAGGUGCUGAGCACCCCCAGCUCCCAUAGGCUCAUAGGCAAGAACAGAAUCACAGCAAUGACCCGGGAAGCCUCCAGUGUGUUCGGUGAUUCCAGAUCCAUCCUAGCUUCCAGGUAAUUGGUUUGGCAGUGGGUCCUGCAAACACAGCUUGUGACCUGAAGUUCUGGUUUUGUCCUUGCUGACUGUCAUGACACCGCCAGUUAUAUAAAGUCUACCAUGAAGACUGCCUUGAAAGUCUUCGCCAUCGGGGAACGCAGCCAUCCACUGCACCCAGGAUGCUCUGAAUCCAACUCAUUGCUGCUUACUCUGCACUGACCCCUUGUUCAGAAUGAAUAAUCUUUGACCCUUUCUUAUCUGUUCCCACCUGUGGAGCUUCCUUCCUCUAGGUGCCCAUGGGUUUUGGUGGCCUUUGAUGCAUGGCGACUGGUGCAGGUAUUUGGCCUGGCUUUUGACUUUGCACUGACCAAUUAGACUGUAACACUUCCGUGGAGCUGUAAAAUGUGUCUUGGCAGCAGUAAUGGUGCCUUUUCAGUGAUCCUUUUUUGGGUAGCUUUUGUAUCACUUAAUUCAAGGGGGUCUGACACAGAGGCACACAGAGAACAACAGAUCCGUGAAGUAGGAGCAUCACCUUUUCCCGUCGUUAUGUUCUGACCCAAAGCCACUCUUCUGAGUUCUGUCCCUUUUUGCUGUCUGGCUUUGGAAGAGGCUUUCUUGGUGGUAAGAGGAAAGAAGCUUGCUUGCCCACAGGCAGCAGGGUUGGUGCAGCAGGGAGACCAACUUCAUUCCAGAAAUAUUCAAAUUCCAGAUGAGAGUUGCAAAUGACCUGCCUCUAGACUUGACCAACCCUCAGCUUAGCAUCCAAGCAUAACUGAAUACAGGAGAUUUCAGUAUUAGACCCUGCAUACCUGGAUAUACAUGGGGACUUAGGGUCUGCUGUACUUGGAGCAUUAGUUCAAUGCUCCCUUCCAGCCUGGGGUAAGGAUCCAGGCUGAGUGCUCUGAACCUAGGCAACACCAGCUAUCGGCUGCUCUGCUUUUCUCACGGUGGAGGCAAUCCUGCCAGAGAAACUCGCCUCAAGUGCUCUAAGUCCAUUCAAAGGCCUGGGGCUCUGCAUAUUGUUGAGUCUGGAGGAACCACAGGGAAAGCCUUUGGGACAGGUCUGGAAAGCAGUGGGGAGUGUUGGCUUUGGCACCACUACAGGAAGUCUUUCUGCCACAAUCAAUUCCUGCGUAUUUCCAUGUUCCUCUUUAGGUGUCAGUCCUGGUUGUGAAGUGCAUGUUAUGGUUGUCUCUCUGUUAGGAAGUUAGAGCUGCAAGAAGGGAGACAGAAGGUCUCCAGGCCAAGACAGACCUAUGCCCUCUUCCCACUCUUUUUCGCAGACCUGCAAGGGAGCACAUACAUUUUGGUGGGGUGGCCUGGAAGUUGCUGGAUGCUGAUAUGGGGGCAGGGUAAGGGGGGGGAGGAAGAAUUGUGUGGCUUUCAUGCAGGCAUAGUAAGUUGUGCCACUGAGCAAGCAGUCAUUGUAGAGACGCACUCUGCCUUAAAGAGCAAAUGGGCCAGGUCAUCAGACAGUGACAUUUUACAAUGUUGUCACCUUCAGUGGAGCUGAAACGGUAGUGCCAAUUGUCUACCUAGAGGGAAAUUUGACCCAGUGUCUCUACAUCCCACCCUCUGUUUUUGUAUCUUGGUAAAUUCUGGCUUUUCCAUUGUGCAUUUACUAUAUCUAUUUAACUAGAUACCUACGUGAUGUCCAUCCUAGUUUUAUUCAAACCCUCUCUCCUCUUUUCCCCUCACUGCCCCUUCUCAGUAUGACUCUGGCUUCCGAGAACCAUAAUUUAGCUCUGCAACAUCGUUGCAUGUACAAAAGGCAACAUUUGCAUAAAAGCUUUAUUUCUGCAUCAAGAGCGCGUGACCAUGAUAUCCAAAGUCAAAGUGGAGACUUCUACAAGUGUUGCUAGGAGCCUUGGAUGUGCUGUUUAGAAAUGAUUUGAGCCCUGGGAAAAUGAAACCACAUACCAGAAUCCCAGCAAGUUGGGUUCUUGGAAGGGCUCUGUUUUCUACCCAGUCUUUGCUUCUGUAUAUUAGAAAUUCUGGCGUCAAAGGGAAUGUCUACAUGAGAUGUUUAAUGUGCAGAAGACUAAUUCUGCUGCGCAUUAGCAUGGCGGGCAAAGCCCGUGCUAAUUGCAGAGUAGAUUUAGUCUAAUAUGCAGUAGUGUCACAAAAAAUGUUCAUCUGCGCUAAUGUGCAGUAAUGCUGAUUAUGGUAAAUUAAGUUAAUACCUAUCAUUACAGGUUCUAAACUUAAUGCACCAUAAUUACAGCGCAUUAAUAAACAUGUAGAUGCAUCCAAAAAUAUGUGGGUAAUGGUGUAGGCUCCAAAUUAGAGUUGAUUAAAAAUGAAUUUACAAAGUGUGAUAGGAAUCAAAAUGUUUAUUUUUUAAGAAAAUCCAUUACUUUUCAGUAAAUUCUCCAGCAAUGACUCAUAGGCACCAAGCAAGCAGAGAAGGACCAGGAAAUGAAUUUAACCAGUCUAGUCUGGGGUGGCAUAAUAAGAAAACAGGUGACAGAUGAGGAGAAAAGUAAAUUAAGUUUUUAAAAUGCCCCUUGUUAGAACGCGGAAUGCUAUUGUAACACUCAACUGUGCGGGCCUAAGGUAAAGGUGCUGGGAUGGGAGUCAGGAGUCCCGGCACCUGAUUCUCCAGUGCCCUGCACUUUAUGUCAUUGGAUGCACUGGGACCAUUCUGAACUGGGAGUAUUUUGCACUCACUUUACCCUUGUGUCAAUGAAGACACAGGUCACAUUUAAUUCCACCUCUUAGGUGUGUAGAUGACUGCAGGCACCUAGAUGUGAUUCUAUCCUACCCUCCUUGAGUCCUGAAAAAAAAAGUUACUGCAAAAUGUAGGGUGGGUCUUUGAGUCGCAGAAAAGCAAUGAGAGGACAGUCUUAAGGGUCAGAUGACAGUGGUACAAAGUAGAAGCUUUUGUGGAUUUUUUAGGGCAUGAGCAGGAUGGACUAGAAUUGCACUUAGGUGCCUAAAUCGAAUUACACACCCCAUAGGUGGACCAGAAUCUGGCCCAGAGUGUCACGCACUGGAAGGGCAUUUGUUUCAUUUCCUGGCUCUGUUGCUGACCUUGUUUGACUAUCUCCAAGUCACUUCUCUCUCUACUUCUGGUUCCCUGCCUGUAGAUGGGAUAGCGAUUCUGACUUUCCUUUGAAAAAGCACUUUGAGAUCUAUGGGUGUGAAAUAUGCUGUGCACAAAGUAUUAUGAAUAGAGUGCUCAAUCCCAGCCCGGCCACGCAUUUCCUGAUGAUCUGAUCUAAUAACUCACACGGUGCAGUCUCUUUAAUUUUGAAACAUUGACAAAAAAUGUCCCCACAUCCAUUGCACUGGCAGUAUUCCGGGUGCCAAGUUUGAACCCAUUUUCUAGCAACCGUGCAGCUGCGACUGUGGAAGUGCUAAUGGAAACAAGGCUCAGCUGUCAAGAAAGCCUGUCAUAAACAUCAGAACCCUGUCAACACGACUGCUUCGGGUGUUGCUAGCAGAGCUGAACCCUGGCUGCAAAACAGGUUGCAACAUUUCUUGCUGUAGAUGAGGCCUCAGUGGUCUAGGUGCAUUUCAGCUGAUAUACUUGUGUCUCUGUCGCAAAGUCAGUGGAGUUACUCCAGAUUUAAACAAGAGUAAAUAGAAGCAGAAUCUUGUCCAGAUCACAUUGUGUAGCUGUGUACAAGAUGCAGAGUUUCCUUAUACAUGUGCAGUUCCAUACUCAGUUUCUCUGUUGGAAUGACAAAGGUCCCAUCAAUAGUUACUUAUUACCUGCCUUGCUCUGUUUAAUCCUGUAGCAUUUGCACGUAUGAUGUAUAAUUCAGAGCUCUGAUCUCCAGCACAACAUGCGAUGCUCCAACCCAAACAGACUCUUUAAAUGGAACAAAGUUGCUAGUUAAAAUGAAAAGAGGGGUUCUUUUUUCUUUUAUUAUUAUAAAUGUUCAUAGUCCACAGUGGGCUCCAGGCUUGCAGGCACUGAAAGGCUUUUGGCAGCUACUACAGUGACACUGAGUUUCCAGCAUUGAAACAUUUAUUAGAAUAACUCAGUCUUGUUAGGCGCCUGGCCAGCUGCUCUGCUCUACUGAACAAAUCAAAAUCAGUUCCAGUGUUUGGAGUGAAAAGGUAGCUGGACGGAGGUCUGCCUGCUGAGGAGAUUAUGCGUGUGCGUGCGUGUAUAUAUAUAUGUGUGUAUGUAUAUAUAUGUGUAUAUAAUUAAUAUAUAUGUAUAUAUGUAUAUACAUGGCUUACUGUGCAUUCGCACACACACGCACACACACACACACACAGAUGUAAUUCAAGUCUUGUACAUAAACUAAGAGGGAAGAAAUGAAUUUACUGGUUGACUUUGCACAUUUGAGAUUUUGAAAUUCUGCUGAGACUUUGGACCAGACCCUCAGCUCUUGGGAUCCACUGACAUCAGUUGAGGCUUUGGCCCCUUUUCCCUUUCUUGACCGUUGCUCAAAAAAGGCCUGAUCCAGAGUCUGUUGAGGGAAAGACUGAUGAAUUUCAUUAAGUUUUAUAUAGGCAACACAGAAAAUUUGACACAGAUGCUCUACUGGAAAGCCUUCUGCUACCAAGAUGCCCAGAGGCCAUGUUGGGCUAUUUGGAGCUAUUUCUAAGGAUAUCCUAUUUGCCAACUCACCCUUUCUUCCAUGCAGUUUGGCCAAAGUAGACACAGAGAAGGACCUGUUGGCUAAACCUACAUAGUGAUUUCAGAAGCCUCUUACUUGCUCCCUUCUAACCCCAAGCAUCUUGUGCCUCCAGCUCAGUGGACAUUUCUUAGCAGCUACAGAGAAAAUUUCAGUCUGGAAUAUCACCUUUUUUAUCUCCUUGCUUUUGGAUUUAGAACCAGUCGUCACAAAAGAUUUUGGUGCGCUGCCCAGAAUUUCUAAGAUCCAGCUCCCAGAUCGCGCUCAACGCAUUUCCAAAGGCCUCAGGGGUACCAGUGACUUUAUGAGCAUAAACCACCUCUCAUUUGGGUCCCUAGGGUCUAAGUCAUAAAUAUACAGUUGACAAUCAAACCAGACAAAUAUGAAGAAUAAAAAUAUAUAUAUCCAUGCUGUUUGGUAAAAAUUGCUUUUUAAAAUCACUUAUGAAGCAAAGUACUUAUGUCACACUAAUGUUCACCACCCUGUCUCCAGGAUAAGAUGCCACCCAUUGGUUAUUCUGUAAAUAAACAUGAAACAAACUUGUAUAAAAACAAAAAACACAUUGAUAUACAUCCAAAAAUACCCCUUUCCAGAAGAUUUCAAUAAUUGGGGGGGGGGAAACAAAUCCCCCCCCCCCCCCCCACCCUGCUCUCCUUUUUUUUGGAGCUGACUGAAAGCCCCACGAGGAGAAUGAAAACUCUUUGACAGUAGAUGAAAUUCUAGGAUGUUUUACUAUCCAACGACUAUGGGAGGGGGAAAAUGCAUGUAAAUAUUUUUAAUAGGAAACAUAUCUUAAACAGAUUUUUUUUUUCUAUGUACAUAACUCUUCUAGAGUUUAGUACUUAAAUUGCUUCAUAGUGUCUGUUAAAAACAAUAAAUAAAUAAAUAAAUAAAAUGUUUGUUAAUUGUUUUUGUUCUUACUCAAUGGCCAAAACUUUAAAAUUAAAAAAAAAAAAAAAGACUAUAAAAAUAAUCUUUGCCAAUGGAUCUAGCACUGUAAUGGUACUGUUUAUUUUUUUUAAUUAUUUCUGUGCUGUGCCCAUUUAUAAAAGGAAAAAAAAAUAAAGUCAUUUA